AUGGUAUCUGAAAAACAAUCUGGUAAGGAUCACAAAGGCAGUAGUAAGAUUCCUAGUCAUGUGCCGAAAUGGAAUCUUGGUGUUACAAAACAAGCAUCAAUAAGAGAAAAGGAUAAUGAAGAUGGCAAAUCUGGAACCAGAUCCUUAGAGUUGCGCUUUAUUAAUGAUGAUAAGUUGCCAAUUUCGACGUUUACUAAAACCAAUAUAACUCCAAAGAACGAACCACUUCAAGUUGAAUUAUUUGAUGUUAGAUCUAAGUCAAUAGUCAACGAUGGUCCUUUCUCUUCAAUAAAGAUACAGAUUUGUCCCAUCCAGGGAAAGUUUGAAUCUUGUGAUGAUGAAGAUUGGAUUCAAACUGAGUUCAAUGAUAAUAUCUUGCAUCAAAGAGAGAAUAAAGAGCCGUUGUUGGUUGGAGAUAGGAUUGUUGCUCUUAAAAAUGGAGUUGCUUCUAUUUCUAAAAUCAUCUUCACUGAUAAUUCUGCAUGGGUAAGAAGCAAAAAGUUCAGGUUGGGAGCAAGAGCUAUGAAAAAUGGAGAGAUUAUUAAGGAAGGUAUAAGUCAAGCUUUUAGGGUCAAACAUAUCAGAGGAGAAGCUUACAAGAAACACUAUCCUCCAUACUUGAAGUUGAUGGAUGAUGUGUGGCGUUUGGAGAAAAUAGCUAAAGAUGGACCGUACCACAAGCGACUCCAUAACAACGGAAUUCAUACUGUUAAGGAUCUGUUGAGGUUACUCAUAACCAAUGAAUCUUCGUUACAUGAGAAAUUUGAAAAAAUUCAGAAGAAGUGCUGGUCUGAUAUAAUCGAACAUGCCCGGUCGUGUGUUGUAGAUGAUUACACGCUUUACAGCUAUGCGAUUGGAGAACCAAUACUGCUUCUAUUCAAUGUGAUCUAUGAACUUGUUGGUGUGACAUUUGAUGCACAAAAGUUUUAUUUACCAGAUGAUCUCAGACUCACACCCAUCCAGAAGAAUUUGGUUGAAAUGGUGAAGAAAGAUGCAUACAAAAACAUUGAAAAUUUAAAAGCAAUUGAUGAGGGUACAUUGAACUCCAUAAGCUUAGAAGCAUGUAUAAAAUCAUCAAAAGAACAAGAUCUGCAACAUUUUGAUAUCUCUGCAGAAAAUGGUAAUAAUGGAAUGGAAAACGUUGAAAUGAAUGUUGAUCCGGUGGCAGACAUAAGAGAAAUAGGAGAAAACAAUUAUGGUCAUUCAAUAGAGAAUCUCAUAAAUGUUAGUUAUUUUGAUGGAGCUGAGUGGAGCACUUUAGUUGAUUUACUGAAUUCUGAUAUGGAGAUAUCAAACAGUGAGAAACCAAAAGCAGUGUGGUGUAAGAUUCGUGCUGUUGUGAAAUGGGGAAUAACAGUGAGAAGAGUUGCAGCUGCCAAGAGGAAUGAACAUUUGUGUUGUUAUAAGGUUUAUGAUAUCAGUGCUAUUUGCUAA